UCUAGAAGUGAACACGCAUUUUGUGUCACAGUUGUCAAUAUUUGUCGCUCAAUGGUGCUGUAUAUGUAUAUCUAUUUAAUUAACUGCGUUUCUAAGUAGUUCAGUGAUGGAAGUGAACAGGGAUGAAGCGGAGAGAUGUAUCGACAUCGCGCUCGGAGCGCUGAAGAACGCGCAUCCGGAGAAAGCGCGCAGGUUCCUGGAGAAAGCGCAGCGGCUUUUCCCGACGCACCGAGCCCAGGAGUUGCUGGAGUCUCUGGAUGAGACCACGUCUACAGAAGGCGCUGAUGGAACAGAAGCCCGUCAGCGCAGGUCUAACGGCACGACACCUGCAGAGAACGGCACAGACUCCAGCAAACCAUACACACCCGAACAGGCUGAGGCCGUUAGAAGAAUAAAGCAAUGCAAGAACUAUUAUGAGGUUCUCGGCGUGCAGAAAGAUGCUUCAGAAGACGACCUGAAGAAAGCGUACAGAAAACUGGCAUUAAAGUUUCACCCCGAUAAGAAUCGUGCCCCGGGGGCGACCGAGGCAUUUAAAGCCAUAGGAAACGCGUAUGCAGUUUUAUCUAAUGUGGAGAAGCGGCGGCAGUACGAUCAGUUCGGAGAGAAGCGGAGCAGCGCGGGCAGAUCCAGCCAUCAGAACGCUCACUUUGAAGCCGAUAUCUCUCCUGAAGAUCUCUUUAACAUGUUCUUCGGAGGAGGAUUUCCUUCUAGUAAUGUUCACAUGCACAGUAAUGGAAGAAUGCGCUUUAAUCAGCAUCAGGGCGAGCGAGGAGAACACAGAGGGGGUGGUCUUGCUCUCCUCAUGCAGUUGAUGCCCAUCCUCAUCCUGGUCAUUGUAUCAGCACUCAGUCAAAUGAUGGUGACCAGCCCCCCCUACAGUCUCAGCUACAGACCGUCAGCCGGUCACGCACACAAGCGUGUGACGGAGAAUCUAGGCGUGACGUAUUACGUGAGCGAGCGUUUCGUUCAGGAGUUCGGUGGUGUGAAACUGAAGCAGGUGGAGAACAGUGUGGAGGACGAUUACAUCUCCAACCUGAGAAACAACUGCUGGAAAGAGAAACAACAGAAGGAGGGUUUGCUGUACCGUGCGCGAUAUUUUGGGGACAGUGAUUUGUACCAGCGUGCUCAGAGAAUGGGAACCCCGAGCUGCUCUCGGCUGUCUGAAGUUCAAGCGUCUCUACAUGGAUAGAACGACUGUGUCACUGCUCUACCUGGUUCCAAAAAUAACAAUCUCUCCAGUCUGGAAAAUGGAAGAAUGCCAUACGGAUUGUAAAUACAUUCUUUGAAAAAACAAGCCGAAAAUUUGCAACAACUAAUGAGCUUAACUAGAGAAGACUGUGGUGAAAACUGUGUGUGUGUGUGUGUGUGUGUGUGUGUGUGUGUGAGUGUGAGAAAGUGGAGCUGGUGUUUUGGACUCCUGUGGAUAUAUUGGCAUUUUCUUGUGGAAAGUCUGAAAGCUCAUGUUGUCAUUUUGCUGGAUUCAGUCCCGAAUACAGUCUGACUGAUAUGAAGAAUCUGUUUUUUGCAUUAUGACUCAAGACUGGUGGUCCUAUGACAAUAUCUGCAUAUAAUUAUUUGACUUUGUUUAGAGGAAGAUCAUGUCUUUUAAAUGAUUUAUAUUUGUAUGUUUGAGAUUUAUCUAUGCAGGGAUUUUAUCGCUGAAAUUAUCGAGUAUGCUGUAAACUUUACCGAUAACUGCCCUGCGUUUUUAGGAGUAACAAUGAGUGCUGUACACUGGUAAAUAUUUAUUGAAGGAUCAAAUAGGAAUAUUUAUUUCAUAUGAAGUUCUAGUUGACUUAGUGGAAAUAUUUCAUCGCAGACUGCAUUUAUUUCACUCUGAAUAAUAAAGAUGUACCUGCCACUGUCUGUCACGUGUGUGUGUGUGAAGCCUGUUUUAGACGCAGGAUGUCAUCUGAUGCCACAGUCGACUGAAUCCUGCAUUUCAGCACGUUCAGAGUCACCCGUGUGAAAAAAGCUGCAUGGACUCUGACAGCGAAUGCCGGAGUUUAAAAGGCCAGAACAGCUGAGAGAAAGUUAGCAACUUCACUUGUGCCGAAUAUUGAUCGAAAGUGUUGAAAUAACGCUUAUCAGUUAAUGACUUUGUGAAUUUGACCUCAGAAGUCAUUGAAUCAUGUCUGUGAAAUAAAAGGGUUAUUUUAGUGUAAUUCUAU